AACACAGACCUUCCCUAUGUAACGUGUUCGAUGAGGUUCAUCCGGAAGUUUCUGGAUCUGGACACGACCAGGCUCAAGCGUCUAGAUGGGGAACACAUGCUAAUCGCAUAUUUGGACUGUUUCUUCUGUCAUUGGGCAUUGUGGGAAAGGAAUAUCUGCCAUGGGGACAGCGCACGAAACUUGAUGUACAAGCCCGAUACGAAAUGCGGGGUUCUUGUCGACUUCGACCUAGCUCGAUUGGGCAAACAGAAGGAACUGAGCGGGAAGGACAACACUGGAACUAUGCCGUUCAUGGCCCUAGAUCUCCUCAGUGAAAAAGCAAUUAUUGGCUCGGUUUUACGUCUGUACCGACACGAUUCGGAGUCUUUUGCCUGGUGUCUCAUUUACAUCUGCAUCUGCAUGGACAAAGGAGAUGAUGAUGAAAUUCUCACCAUCAGUCCCCGUCUUUUGUCUUCAUGGUUCAAGGACCCAGGCACUGGGUUGGGCGGUUCAAUCGUCAAAUGGCAGCUGAGGAAAGAGCCAUGUUCAAUGAUCCCUUCAAGGAGGACACACACAGACUCUUUCCAGAGCAUGUGUUGCCCAAGUCUAGCAAAAAGCCGAACCAGGAUUUAUAUGAAGAACCCUCAAAUCAAGAAUUAUUGGGGCAAGUUUAUCGUAUACUUGCUGACAAUCUUGGUAUGAAUAUUAGACUAAACCAGGUUCAGUAAGG